AUGAUUCGUGAUAAUAAUUAUUAUUUUGGUGUAAAAAAUUUCAGUGAGAAGAGUGAAGGUCGUAUAAUAGGCGUGAGUGUGAUGGCAUUCGAGAAAUGGCAUAUACCUGAAAAAGUUUAUAUGUAUAAAGUGCAAGUGAAACGUCAAAAUGAAAACGUUUCGACAAUUGUGUAUCGAUCGUUCGCAGAAUUUAAAGAGCUCUACGUGAAAUUAAUGCGCAAAUUUCCGAUAGCGAGUCUGCCGUCGUUAUCGGGUGGCACCAAUAUGGGAAGAUCGAAUAUAAGCUCAGUAGCACAACGACGUCUCACUGACAUACAGCGAUUCUUAAAUGAGCUCCUGAAAUGUCAUUCAGAAAUUGCACAUUGCGAUCUGGUCUACACGUUUUUCCAUAUAAUAUUUCGAGAUAGUGCACCUGAGCAAUCGAAUCGUUUUUCGCAAUUUAUUGGUAAUGAAAUAACAACGAAUCUAUCAAAUUCGGUGGUGACUGGAAGUAUCUUUUUGAGAUUAAGCUAUAAUGAAAGAUCUCUGCUGUUGAGUAUAUUUGUGGGACACGUCAAGGAUUUGGUGACCAAGAAUGGACAGGCGCCUGAUUCGUAUGUGAAGACAUAUCUGCAACCUGAUCCACAGAGAAUAUCGAAACGCAAAACACGAGUGAUCAAGAAUACACAAAUGCCAACCUUCAAUGAAGAGUUGAAUUAUCAGUUACACAAAGGACUCGACCUGAACAAGUCGACGUUGGAUGUGAGUGUAUGGAAUUGUAGUAGUGUGAUGAUAGUGGGCGAGAAUUGUAUGAUAGGCAUGGUGUUGAUUCCGCUCAGGAGAUUUAACGCCAUCGAGGCGGACAGGAAGGCGGUCAGGUCGUUCGAUAGCUGGUUCCAGUUGAGUGCACCUGUUAAGCAUAUGAGGACGUGA